AUGAGUGCAGUGCAGUUAUAGUGUUCUAAACACUUUAGUGCAGUGAGAAGAGAUGUCGGAUACUGGACUUAUGGAGUAGAAGCUAGAAGAACAAAAAUUAUAUCUCGUUAUUGCGUGAUCACCGCGACUGACAGUCAUGUAGGUACGUCCUGGAAGCUUUAGAUGUUCAAGUCGCCACAAGUGCUGCAACUGCUCGUCGUGCGACGGGAACGAUGGCUUCGAACGCAGUGGACGACGACUGGAAAGUGGAAGGCAGCGAUGACGAAAAGUACCUGUCUCAGUGCGACGACCAUGGUGGCUGGGAGCCCAGGCCCGAAGAUAUAAUCCGUUUGUAUACGACGUUGGCCGAGAAGGGCACGCUCGAGCUGGAGUGGCGUUGCAUGGGGCGACGUUCGCCGAGCGUCCACUCGAACGAGUCGGAUGGAGCGGAGCGGCGCGCCGUUGAGGAAGACCUGACUAAGUCAUCCGAGCCAAACGAGUUCGACUUCGACGACGAUGAAGGCCCAGACACCAGCUGCAGCCCCAAGAUCACGCCUCGGCGCCGGGCGGCGCCUCCUAGCAGCGUACAGAAGCGGGUCGCCAAAUUUGACAAGGUCGUCUUUGACGUGCGCAGACAGCGCGAGCUCGAUGCCAUCGAUAAAAUCGAACAGCGACAGCAGCCCCAGCAAGCGGAAAGCAGCUCGUCACCCAACGUCAAACGUUGAUGACGAGACGUGAAAUAACGUUUUUGUUCUCGCGUCGCGCUGUGAUGACUUGCACUUUCGUGCUGUGUUUCGACCCUAACGGAUGAAUUAGUUGGUGCAAAGCGCCCUCACCCUAUAUACUGACUCGGGAGAAGCAGAACCUGCUGCUAAAUUGUUUCCCUUGCCUCCACCUCCUCCUUUCUUUUUCUUUAUGUUUAUAUGACGUGUGGAUAAGUUACUUGGCGCUACUUGGAAGCAGCUGUUCGUAGCGGACGAGACGACUUGUGAGGGAAGUUCACGCCAGCCGUAUAUGUAACUUGCGAGUUCCGUAUUGUGUGUGCUGUAAAUAAACGUUUUGAAAGCUGUUGUGUUACGGGCGAAAUGGCCAUUUCCG